CCUAUGGUUAUAAACCCAACCUCCCCGAACCUGACACCACCAUUUUAAAGAGGUUUACUGCGUGGACUUUCCCAAAGUCUCUAGGCUUUAACUCCUUCUGGGCUGUGUCUGUGGAGGAGGCGGCGACGGCGGCGGCGGGGAGAGAGGAAGAGAAGGAAGCGUCUCCAGCUGGAGCCAGUGCAGCCCCGGGGCUCCCCGGGAGGAGCGCCCCUGCCCCGAUGAGCCCCCGCCGUGGGUCCCCGACUGUCCCCCGGCGGGAGUGGGGCACGCAGUCCAGCGCCGACAAUCGCCGCUGCUUUGCCCGUGGGGGUAGGAUGUGGUGAAAGGAUGGGUCUUCUUUCCCGGGCUCACAAUGGCCAGAGAAGAUUCCGUGAAGUGCCUACGCUGCUUGCUCUACGCCCUCAAUCUGCUCUUUUGGCUAAUGUCCAUCAGUGUGUUGGCAGUUUCUGCUUGGAUGAGGGACUACCUAAAUAAUGUUCUGACUUUAACUGCAGAGACAAGGGUAGAGGAGGCUGUCAUCUUGACUUACUUCCCUGUGGUUCAUCCAGUCAUGAUUGCUGUUUGCUGUUUCCUUAUCAUUGUUGGAAUGUUAGGAUAUUGUGGAACGGUGAAAAGAAAUCUGUUGCUUCUUGCGUGGUACUUUGGGAGUUUACUUGUCAUUUUCUGUGUAGAACUGGCUUGUGGUGUUUGGACAUAUGAGCAGGAAAUUAUGGUUCCAGUACAGUGGUCAGACAUGGUCACUUUGAAAGCUAGAAUGACAAAUUAUGGCUUACCUAGAUACCGUUGGCUUACUCAUGCUUGGAAUUUUUUUCAGAGAGAGUUUAAGUGCUGUGGAGUGGUGUAUUUCACCGACUGGUUGGAAAUGACAGAGAUGGACUGGCCCCCGGAUUCCUGUUGUGUUAGGGAAUUCCCAGGAUGUUCCAAACAGGCCCACCAGGAAGAUCUCAGUGACCUUUAUCAGGAGGGAUGUGGGAAGAAAAUGUAUUCCUUUUUGCGAGGAACCAAACAACUGCAGGUGCUAAGGUUUCUGGGGAUCUCCAUUGGAGUGACACAAAUCCUGGCCAUGAUUCUCACUGUCACUCUUCUCUGGGCGCUCUAUUAUGACAGAAGGGAGCCUGGGACAGACCAAAUGAUGUCCCUGAAGGAUGACACGACCCAGCACCUGUCGUGCCACUCGGUAGAACUGCUGAAGCCAAGCCUGUCGAGGAUCUUUGAACACACGUCCAUGGCAAACAGUUUUAACACACACUUUGAGAUGGAGGAAUUAUAGAGAAUGUCAAAGAAGGAAAGUUAUUUUACUGGACUUGUGAAUUUUUGAGCACAUACUUACCUGUUUCAGAAAUGUGCAAAAAUAAAAUAUUGCCAUGAAA